GUCCCGUGAUGCCGCGCGGCGGCGGGCGACCGCCGGAGCGGCAGCGGGGCCAUGGCGGCGCCGGCGGGUUCGCUGGUGGCGGCCGUGCUGGCCCACUCGGGCCGCCUCGACAAGGAGGACCUGGGCACCCGCAUCGGGCGGCUCUCCCGCCGCGUAGAGGAGCUGAAGGGAGAAGUCUGCAACAUGAUUAACAAGAAGUAUAACGAGUUCCUGCCCAGCAUGCAGAGCGCCGAGGACUUGGUGUCGAAGGUGGACGGGCUGUCCAGCAACAUCGACCUGCUGAAAGCGGGGAUUGAAAAUGAGGUUCAGCAAGAUCUAAAUGUCGCUGUUGCCGAGUUCACUGAAUUGAAGCAGCAACUGGAGCGAGACACGCUGGUUCUGAGUAUUCUGAAAAAGCUACAGGAGUUUGAUACAGCUAUUAAAGACUACAAUACUGCACUGCUGGAAAAGAAGUAUGUUACAGCAGCUCAACAACUGGAAAAGGCACGAAGCAGCCUGAAAAUGCUGGAAUCCCGCAAGGGCUUUGAGCUGAAGAUCCUGAAAGCACUAGGCACAGAGCUCACCGUGCAGACGCAGAACAUGCUCUAUCAUCUAGGAGAAGAAUGGCAGAAAUUAGCUGUAUGGAAGCUUCCUCCUUCCAAAGAAAGCAGCAGCCUGGAGUCAGCGAUGCAUUCAGAAUUGCACUUGCGCACAGUGCCAUCAAAGGAGGAGGAGAUUGCUGGCCCACCUGUUGCCUCUGUGCUGCAGGCAUUUGCUGUCCUAGGAGAACUGCAUACCAAGCUUAAGAUUUUUGGCCAGUUGUUGCUGAAAUACAUCCUCAAGCCGCUGAUUUCAUACCCAUCUCUUCAGCCAUUCACAGAGGAACAGUCAGAUGUGUUCAUCCUACGUUUUAAGUGUGAAGAGCCUAACUUAGAUCAUUCUUCUCCUAUGGAGGUUUUUCACAAGAUCCAGCUUGUUUUUGAAGUUCUCCACAAAUAUCUGCUGAAUGUGCCUCUUGUGCAGCCUGCAGAAGAUAAAAAGGAGUGCAGAGUUACACUCGCAGAACUGCUAGGCGAUAUGAUAUGGGAAGAGUUAUCAGACUGCCUCAUUCAGAACUGUCUGGUGAAUUCAAUCCCAACCAAUAGCAGCAAACUGGAGCAGUAUAUAGAGGUGAUUAAAUCCACAGAGGAGUUUGAAAAAGCCUUAAAGAACAUGCAUUUUUUGAAAGGAGACACGACUGAUUUACUGGAAUACGCUCGUAAUGUCAAUUCCCAUUUUGCUAACAAGAAAUGCCAGGAUGUGAUUGUGGCAGCCAGAAACCUGAUGACCUCAGAAAUACACAACACUGUAAAGAUCACACCUGAUUCCUGUGUAGCCCUACCAAGGCUUCCUGGUCCUGCAACAGGAGAUCACUUAAAAAUGGAAAAAGCUUCUAAACUUCUGCAUAACGACAUGCUGAAUUUGGAGAACGAGACUAAACUGAGCCAGUACACUUUUUCUCUGCCCACAUGCCGCAUCAGUUCUUCAGUGGAGAAACUGAUGGAGCUGGCGUAUCAGACACUGUUGGAGGCCACAGCCAGCACAGAUCAGUGCUGCAUACAGCUCUUCUACUCUGUGCGGAAUAUAUUCCAGCUGUUCUAUGAUGUAGUGCCAACAUACCACAAAGAGAACCUUCAGAAGUUACCGCAGCUGGCAGCCAUUCACCACAACAACUGCAUGUAUAUUGCUCACCACUUGCUCACCCUGGGACACCAGUUCCGAUACCGCCUGACUAACAUCCUGUGCGACGGAGCAGCUACUUUUGUAGAUCUGGUACCUGGUUUUAGGAGACUUGGGAUGGAGUGUUUUCUGGCCCAAAUGCGAGUGCAGAAAGGAGAAAUCCUGGAGAGGCUGUCAAGUGCCAGGAAUUUUUCUAAUAUGGAUGAUGAGGAAAAUUACUGCGCAGCAAACAAAGCAAUAAGGCAGGUAUUGCAUCAGUUGAAGAGACUAGGAAAAGUCUGGCAAGAUGUCCUUCCAGUGAACGUAUACUGCAAGGCUAUGGGGACUUUACUGAACACAGCGCUCUCAGAGAUCGUCACUAGGAUUGCUGCCCUAGAGGAUAUCUCUGCAGAAGACGCGGACAGGUUGUACUCCCUCUGUAGGACCAUGGUGGAGGAAGGACCCCAAGUUUUCAUCCCACUACCUGAAGACGACAAAAAUAAGAAAUACCAAGAGGAAGUUCCAGUCUACGUGCAGAAAUGGAUGACAUUCAAAGAGCUGAUGAUCAUCUUGCAAGCCAACCUCCAAGAAAUAGUAGAUCAGUGGGCAGAUGGGAAGGGGCCUCUUGCAGCUGAAUUCUCCGCAGCUGAAGUGAAGAGUCUGAUCCGAGCCUUGUUCCAGAACACAGAAAGGAGAGCAGCAGCACUGGCCAAGAUUAAAUAACUCUCUGUUCGCUCCUACAUGUCACGUCUUCUGAUAAAGCAAGAGCAAACUGAAUCUUUCAAAUAUUUUUUUGGAUUUGACCCUUAUUGUUUGUACUGGUAUAAAAAAAAAAGCUUAGCAUUAGGUAAGUGCUUCCUGGAGGCUUGACUGAGUGGGGAGAAACAGUUCCUAGCUCAAUAGUUGUAGGGUGAAUAGGAUGGCUCUAUGAGUCUGGGACCAAGAAAUCACAAGUGGAUAACACAUGAACACUAACUGCUUAUGCUCCAUCUGCCGGGCAGAUGCAGUUUGGGCUUGAAAAUUCAAUCUCCUGCCAUGCUCCCUAGAGGUCUGGCCAGAUCCAGGUUUUCUCUCAUGGGCUGGUGGGUGUACAGUCCUGGUAAAGACGACAUGCUUUUUAUGAUGUUUGCUAAUUUCUGUUCUCUAGGAUUUAAUCUUCCUGUUAAGCCCAGCAUAGAGAAAUAAAUCAAAUCAUGUAUCCGACACCUCUUUGUGAAAACAGGCACUCUUGUCAGAUGGGCCUUUCAGGCAAGGCACAGCAUAAUGUCAUCUCAAGCUUGCUCUCCUAAGGGUCUUACAGAGGGAUUUUUAUUUCUCAAUAGUGAAUCUUACCUAUGCAGUUUUACAUCAGCGGGCACUUAGCCCCUUUGUGUCUUACCUCUUCUGUUCCUGCAAAUCAUGUGUGAAACCCACAGACUUCAGUAGCUUUUGAUAUCCUUCUGAGAAUGCUGAAGUGCCAAACUUUGCUCUUUCCCACCUCAGGUUUCCCUGAAGAGCAGGCCUCAAGAGUGAAAAUUUGGGGGCGGGAAGAAGAAAGAUGAGACCCUGUUCUGAGCAAACUGUUUAUCAAGUCACAGGGUUUUGCACAAGUAACAAAAUUCCUCAUGGCUUUAUUUCUCAUGGAAAAUGUCUUAAAACGGACUUAGAAUUUUUCAAUCUCACUUGCCAGCUGUAGAAACCAGUUCAGCUCCUUCCUUUACUUUUUUGUUGCAUGUGAACUAGGUAGGUCUGGCAUCUGUUGUCUUUCUGGUAGUAAAUUUGCUGUCCUUUAAGAAUAAUCAUGAAAUUGUUUAGAUUGGCAAAGACCUUUAAGAUCACCAAGUCUAACCGUAAACCCAGCACAGCCAAGUCCAGCACUUAACCACAUCCCUCAGCACCACCUCUACAUGUCUGAAAUACCUCCAGGUAUGGCGACUCAACCCCUUCCCUGGGCAGCCUGUUCCAGUGCUUGACAAGGCUUUCAGUGAAGAAGCUUUUCACAAUAUCCAGUCUAAACUUCCCCCAGCACAACUUAAGGUCGUUUGAGAGAAAUGUAAAGGAAUAUAAAAAGGGAGUGAAGCGUGCACUUGUAGCAUUAUUUUUUAAGUUACAAAAGGCUGUGUUUGAGACUGAGAAAUGUACAUUUCUUUUAAUUGAAAAACUCACUAAGAGCAUUCAUUAAAACUGCCCAGAGGCCAAGAUGUGCCAGUUGCUGCACGCGUGGAACAAGGUAUUUCCUACCAUGUAGUGCUUGCAACCUGCUUACAAAAGUUUCAGUCACAGAGCUUAAUGUUUUAAUCUGUUAUCUACUGUUGUAUUGUUUUCAUUUGCAGUUUUGUCUGACUUCUGUUCACGUUUCUAAGCACGGGUGCAGAGCCUGAGUCGCAGCUGGCUUUCACGGUGCACCUAAGGCAUUGCAGAACUGAGUGGCUGGGCAGUUACACCGAGUCCAGCACAUGGGGAUGCAGCAAGGGAGAGAGAUAGUAAAGCAAAAUCUGACUGCCACUUAAACCUUGAGCUUUUCCUUUUCUUCCCCUCCAAGUAAUUUCUCCGAGUGGUCCCAUAACACUUGUGUCUCAUGGGAUCCUCUGCCCCUUUACACACAGCAAUCAGAAAACCCAUGUAUUUUGAAAAAAGCCUCCCAUAUGGACUGUUCACAGAAGUGUAAUUUGCUAUUUUCUUUAAUAAACUAUUUAUACUGAGCACA